UCUCUGCUCUCAGCUGAUGCACAGCACAGCACAGACAGCAGACCAACCCUGCCUGCAGUUUCUUUUCUCUGCUCUGUUUUUCCUUCUCUCCAUUCAUCCUCCUCUCCUCCGGGGCCCGGCGUCUAAUCUGAAGUCUGCAGUCGGAGGCUGAGGCUGUUUCCUGUCAGUGCAGAGCGCCAGUCAGUGAGCCCAGACAGCGAGCCAGGAUAUACAUCUCUCUCUCUCCCUCCUCUCUCCUGACCAGACAGGGAGGAAAUCAGCAGGACCAACAAGGAGUAGGGAAGUUGUUCCUGGGCUGUGGCUGUGUGGACUAGAGGGGGUAUUAGUAAGAGGCCUAUAGAAGAGGGGUGACCUAGAGGAUUAUCGAGAGAGAGACUCUCUAGAAGCAUCACUGAACCCCCCCUCCACACCGGCAAUACCUCCCCCCCACACCGACGACGUCACCUUCUCCUCCUCAUUGUUAUAAGAGCAGACAGGCCAGCGUGGAGCCUGGCAAAGACUGGAGAAUCAGCAUGUCGUCUCAGACUACUAGGAGGAAUGUAUACACCCGGACCACCAGUAGUGGCAGCAGCAGGAUGAGUUCAGACGGGGGUGGCCGGCCGGCCAAGGUGGGUUCCCGGGUGGAGGUGAUUGGGAAGGGGCACCGCGGAACAGUGGCAUAUAUCGGUGCAACGCUCUUCUCCACAGGGAAGUGGGUGGGAGUGAUCCUCGACGAGUCGAAGGGGAAGAACGAUGGCACAGUCCAGGGGAAGAGAUACUUCACCUGCCAUGAGAACCAUGGCAUCUUCGUACGGCAGUCACAGAUCCAACUGGUUGAUGAUGGAGCAGACACCACCUCUCCUGAUACCCCAGAACCGGCCUCCAACAAGGUCCCCAAACACGAGAUCCUGGAGACACUCAAGUCCACUAAACUGCAGCGAGGACCCAAGCCCAAAAAGGUGGUGCACGCUUCUCGAACCUCCUCGACUCCUGCCCCCAGGAAGACUACGGCCAGAAGGCCCAAGCCCAGCCGUCCUGCGGGAACCGGAGCCUCCAAGGCGGGGCCCUCUGGGUCUGUGUCUGCCUCGGCUGGAGAGAUGAGCAGCAGCGAGCCUUCCACCCCGGCACAGACCCCCCUGGGGGCCCCCAUCAUCCCAUCACCCGGGGGGCUCCUCUCCCCUUCAGCCCCCCCACCUCCACUCCCCAGCAAGGAGGAGGAGUCUCUGCGAGGUCAGGUGAAGGAUCUGGAGGAAAAGUUAGAGACUCUGAGGAUGAAGAGGACGGAGGACAAGGUCAAGCUGAAGGAGCUGGAGAAACAUAAGAUCCAGCUGGAGCAGCUCCAGGAGUGGAAGACCAAGAUGCAGGAGCAGCAGAACGACCUGACAAAACAACUCAAAGAGGCCAAGAAGGAGGCGAAGGAGGCCCAGGAGGCGAAGGAGCACUACAUGGAGGAGAUGGCGGACACGGCUGACGCUAUAGAGAUGGCCACGCUGGACAAGGAGAUGGCUGAGGAGCGGGCAGAGUCCCUGCAGCAGGAGGUGGAGUCUCUGAAGGAGAAACUGGAAGAGCUCGUCAUGGACCUGGAGAUCCUCAAACACGAGAUAGAGGAGAAAGGUUCAGAUGGCGCUGCUUCCAGUUACCAUGUGAAACAGCUGGAGGAGCAGAACGGCAGGCUGAAGGAAGCUCUCGUCAGGAUGCGUGACCUGUCUGUGUCAGAGAAGCAGGAACAUGUGAAGCUCCAGAAGCAGACAGAGAGGAAGAGCACAGAGCUGGACACACUGAGGACUCAGAGAGAGAAACUCCAGGAGGAGAUGAAACUGGCCGAGAGGACCAUCGAUGAACUCAAAGAACAGGUGGAUGGGGCACUAGGAGCUGAGGAGAUGGUGGAGACUCUGACAGAGAGGAAUCUAGACCUGGAGGAGAAAGUCAGAGAACUGAGAGAGACAGUCGUUGAUCUGGAAGCCAUCAACGAAAUGAAUGAUGAACUUCAGGAGAACGCCAGAGAGACGGAGCUGGAGCUCAGAGAGAUGCUGGAUCUGGGCGGAGGCAGGGUCAGGGAGGCGGAGAAACGGGUGGAAGCUGCUCAGGAGACCGUAGCUGACUAUCAACAGACCAUCAAGAAGUACCGUGAGCUGACCGCUCACCUGCAGGAAGUGAACAGAGAGCUGACCAGCCAGCAGGAAGCCACAGCUGAGCAGCAGCAGCAGCCUCCAGCUGAGAUGUUUGACUUCAAGAUCAAGUUUGCUGAGACUAAGGCCUAUGCCAAGGCCAUAGAGAUGGAGCUGAGGAAGAUGGAAGUGGGCCAGGCCAACAGACAGGUGUCUCUCCUCACAUCCUUCAUGCCCGACUCCUUCCUGCGUCAUGGAGGAGACCACGACUGUAUCCUGGUGCUUCUGCUCAUACCAAGACUAAUCUUCAAGGCGGAGCUGAUCAGUAAGCAGGCCCAGGAGAAGUUUGAUCUGAAUGACAACUGUGUGGAGAGGAGCGGGAUGAGAGGAGCGGCUGGAGAACAGCUGAGUUUUGCUGCAGGACUCGUCUACUCUCUCAGUCUGCUACAGGCUACACUACAUAAAUACGAACAAGCGCUGAACCAAUGCAGCGUGGAGGUAUAUCAGAAGAUCGGGACGCUCUACCCGGAGAUGGGCGUUCACGAGCGUUCCCUGGACUUCCUGAUUGACCUGCUACACAAAGACCAGCUGGAUGAGACGGUGCACGUGGCGCCGCUCACCAAGGCCAUCAAAUACUACCAGCACCUGUACAGUAUCCACCUGGCAGAGCAGACAGAAGACUGCACCAUGCAUCUGGCUGAUCACAUCAGGUUUACCCAGAGUGCGUUGGACUGUAUGUGUGUGGAGGUUGGUCGUCUGCGUGCGUUCCUACACACAGGGCAGGAGAAGACGGACCUGGCCGUGCUGCUGAAGGAUCUAGAGACUUCCUGUUCUGACAUCAGACAGUUCUGUAAGAAGAUCCGCCGACGCAUGCCUGGUACGGACGUACCUGGGAUACCUGCUGCACUCACCUUCUUACAGCAGGUGGCAGAUAUUCUGCUGGACUGCAGGAAACACCUGACCUGGGUGGUGGCUGUGCUGCAGGAGGUGGCGGCUGCAGGGGCGCAGAUGGUUGCCCAUCUAGGGGAGCAGGAGGGACUCUCCGCACUCAAACUAGAGGACGUGGCCUUUAAGGCUGGAGAGCAGAUCUAUGGAACUCAAGGUUCUAACCCCUAUGGGUGCCUGCGCCAGUCCUGCUGCAUCGUCAUAGCAACCAUGAACAAGAUGGCCACCGCCAUGCAGGAGGGAGAGUACGAUGCAGAUAGACCCCAGAUCACGACACUUCCUCCGGUGGAGCUGCGUGCCACAGCCCUCAGAGCGGAGAUCACAGACGCAGAAGGACUGGGCAUGAAGCUGGAGGACAGAGACACAGUCAUCAAGGAGCUCAAGAAGUCACUCAAGUUCAAGGGAGAGGAGCUGAGUGAGGCUAGCGUUCGGCUCAGUCUGUUGGAGAAGAAACUCGACAGUUCAUCUAGAGACGCAGACGAGCGCGUAGAGAAGAUCCAAACUCAACUAGACGAGACUCAGACUCUGCUCAAGAAGAAAGAGAAGGAGUUUGAGGAGACCAUGGACGCGCUGCAGGCUGAUAUCGACCAAUUGGAGUCGGAGAAGGCGGAUCUGAAGCAGCGUCUGAACAGCCAAUCAAAGAUGACCAUGGACGGGCUGAGAGGAGCACCAGCGUCGGGAAUCGCCUCCAUUGUCACGGGGAUGGCAGGAGAAGAACAGAAAGCGACUAUGGCCAGUAUGGGUCCCAGUAUGGGUCCCAGUAUGGGUCCUGGGUCGGGGGUCCCGGUGAUAGACUCUCCUCUCCUGACGCAGCAGAUUGAGGCUCAGAGACACAGCAUCAAACACCUGAAGAAUGAGAACAACAGACUCAAGGCUGAGAAGAUGCGUGCCCAGCUGUCCUCCCUACCACCUCUCCAUGUCUCCAAGCUCCCCACUAGAGACGGCUCUCACCCAGAGGUGCUCUCUAGCGCCCUCUAUCGCAAGACUGACCAAUUACUGGACACGUUACUGCAGAUGAGUGCCAACGUCAAAGUGGUGGACAUCACUGGCAAAUCCCCAGUAACUCCUAGUGCCCAGCUGCUGGAACACACAGCCAGACUCCAGUCCCUUAGCAACACUCUGGACAGACUGAAGGAUGAGGUAUCAGAACAUGUGGUGACCCAGAGACCUGGAGCUAGAGCCUUGUCUGACUUUGCCACGUUCCCCUGCUCCUCCUUCGUCAAGGUCCAGGAGGAGAAGAGGGGGGACAUGGUGCUGGUGGGGAAGGUGAUGAUGCCGUGUUCCCGUGGUCAGGAGCAGGUCCACCGUCUCGUCCUAUCACAGCCUCAGCUCCAAAGAGUGCACCGCCUCCUGCUGACAUAGGCUCCACCCACAACCCGCCCUGCUGACAUAGGCUCCACCUUCAACCUGCCCUGUUGCUCCUUCCCAUCUGUCUGUCUGAGUUUUUCUUUAGGCCAAAGCAUUGGGUUUGUGUUCGUACGCAGACGGUGCUUGACUUGGGCCGUGAGCUCACUGAACUGAGCGCCAGAACCUUAAUUUCCUCUAUUGCCUGAGUUCCAUUCUGCCGUUAUUGCAAAGUUCUGGCACCUGGAUAUAAACGGUAGCAGCACCUAAAAUAACUACCAGCGUCAAGUCAAGCCCCGUUCAUACGUACAGUUAGAGUAUAAAUACGCUCACUUCCUCUAGAUCGCUAGUUCACUUCCUCUGUAGAUCAUACGCUCACUUCCUCUAGAUCGCUCGUUCACUUCCUCUGUAGAUCAUACGCUCACUUCCUCUAGAUCUCUAGUUCACUUCCUCUGUAGAUCAUACGCUCACUUCCUCUAGAUCGCUCGUUCACUUCCUCUGUAGAUCAUACGCUCACUUCCUCUAGAUCUCUCGUUCACUUCCUCUGUAGAUCAUUUGGUAGAGCAUAGGGCCUGUAAUGGCAGGAUAGUGGGUUUGAUUCCUACGACCACCUAUACACAAAAAUGUAUUCACGCAUGGCUGUCAGACACUUUGGAUAAAAGCAUCUGCCAAAUUAUAUUACGUAAACACACACUACUAACCAGUCUGCUGAGGGUGAUGCUCCCUGCUACACUACUAACCAGUCUGCUGAGGGUGAUGCUCCCUGCUACACUACUAACCAGUCUGCUGAGGGUGAUGCUCCCUGCUACACUACUAACCAGUCUGCUGAGGGUGAUGCUCCCUGCUACACUACUAACCAGUCUGCUGAGGGUGAUGCUCCCUGCUACACUACUAACCAGUCUGCUGAGGGUGAUGCUCCCUGCUACACUACUAACCUGUCUGCUGAGGGUGAUGCUCCCUGCUACACUACUAACCAGUCUGCUGAGGGUGAUGCUGCCUGCUACACUACUAACCAGUCUGCUGAGGGUGAUGCUCCCUGCUACACUACUAACCAGUCUGCUGAGGGUGAUGCUGCCUGCUACACUACUAACCAGUCUGCUGAGGGUGAUGCUCCCUGCUACACUACUAACCAGUCUGCUGAGGGUGAUGCUGCCUGCUACACUACUAACCUGUCUGCUGAGGGUGAUGCUCCCUGCUACACUACUAACCAGUCUGCUGAGGGUGAUGCUGCCUGCUACACUACUAACCAGUCUGCUGAGGGUGAUGCUGCCUGCUACACUACUAACCAGUCUGCUGAGGGUGAUGCUCCCUGCUACACUACUAACCAGUCUGCUGAGGGUGAUGCUCCCUGCUACACUACUAACCAGUCUGCUGAGGGUGAUGCUCCCUGCUACACUACUAACCAGUCUGCUGAGGGUGAUGCUGCCUGCUACCCAUCUUACUGUCUGUCUGUCGACGGUGAUGCUGCCUACUACCCAUCUUACUGUCUGUCUGCCGAGGGUGAUGCUGCCUGCUACCCAUCUUACUGUCUGUCUGCCGAGGGUGAUGCUGCCUGCUACCCAUCUUACUGUCUGUCUGCCGAGGGUGAUGCUGCCUGCUACCCAUCUUACUGUCUGUCUGCCUGCUACCCAUCUUACUGUUUCAUUAUUUAUUUAAGAUGGUCAAUGCACAUUAGGCCCUAUUUAGACUUGACAUAAGUUGACUUUAACAUGGACUUAAAUCAACAAUAUUUGUACUUGGGUCCAUGUUUUAUAUCCAUGUUGAGUCUAUUUACCUCAGGUCUGAAUCAGACCCAUUAUAGUCUCCAGGUCCAACAUCAAUGUAAAAGUGACUGAGUUAUUUUUCCGUCCGUUGUCCCGUAGUUCACGACGGUGUCGUUGUACAUACAACUAUUCCUUUUACCCUUAACUAUCUACAGCAGGGGUGUCAAACUCCCUUUUCCCAGAGGGCCGUAUUCGGUCUUCACUGAGCGCCGCAGCCCCCCCCCCCCCCCCCCCC